AUGUCUGACUAUUUUGAUGAGCUGUGAUAUACUCCAACUGGACCUGAGGGUGCGAAUGAUUUCGAACGAAACUACAAACGUCUCCAAGUAUUGGCCAUUAUGAAUGGAAUUGAUAUGGAAAUAGAGGUACCUGAAGCUUCCAAAAGGGCUAUCGCUGAGUUGCCAGUUCACGAAAUACCCUCCGAUGAAAACAAAGACAGUCUUGAGUGUGCAGUGUGCAAACAGCCAGCAGAAAAUGAAGACAAAUAUAAAAUUUUGCCAUGUAAACACGAGUUCCAUGAGGAGUGCACUCUGUUAUGGCUAAAAAAGGAAGUGUCUAAAUGUUGAUGAUGGGUUCCGAAUACGCUUGCCAGGCCUUAGAGCAGGAAGUCGGGAAGCACAAUCUUAUGAAUCUGGAAUAGUGACGGUUCUCAAAAAAAAGAAGAUAACGUCAAAAUCCGGUUUUUUUUACAAAAAAAGAAAGAGUGCGUGAAGUUCGGCCUGGCGGAAUCUUAUAUGCCUUCCUCCACGGAUUGAAUUUCUCAACUUCAUUGAAAAAAUUGUCGUAGGCAAAUUAGACGAUUACAUAUAGGUUAUAU